UGCUUUUUUCUCACCAACCUCUACUUCUUCACAGCAUCGGUGGAUGUAUAUAGGGCUUAGGUUGAUUUCGAUAGCACAGUUUCACAUUUUCUUAAUUUAUUUUAUUAUUUAUUUUGUGUUGCGGACAGACAUGUGCGUCUGUGAAAAUGAUCGCUUAUGUGCGCAGGUUGAUCUAAUCUUCAAUUAGCGUUUUUUUAUAUUUUACUUCAACCCGUACGUGGAUAUAUUGAAGGAUUAUUUGUGCUUUAUACCUCUUGAUGUGACAAGAAACCCAGAGAUGUUAUAUAACCCGAAUAACGCGCAUUUUGGCACAUGAAGAAUAUCGUAUAUGGAAAAAUUCAAUGCACGGAAUAUAAAGAGUCAAACAGACUGGUUAUGGAUUUUAUGAACCUAUUUCCGGAUUAUUUCAGCAUCAUUCAUGAUAACCGGCGUGCAUUUAUAAUUUGGUAACUGCUGCAUGCUAUGACGUAUGGCUAAAACACAUGUUUUAUGUAAAAACAAAUUCUGUUUUUAUUUAAGCAGCUAAAAGAUGAUGCCAACCCAUUAACAUCUCUGUAGCUGGCAUUGGCAUUUUUUCAUUGGCUAUAAUACAUCUUAUCUCCUCUUUCCCCUGGUAUUGGGGGUUAAUGUUGGCAUCUAUUUGGCAUAACUUUUUAAUUAGCAUUAGUAUUUGAUCAGUCUUAAUUUCGAAGACACAGAAAGACAGAGAGGAUACUUGAGAGACCAUAACCAGCUUUAAGUUACCAAGCUAUAGGUGGUUGGCACAUUGGCCCUGUGCGUUCCCAUUGCUUUCUAGCCCCUAGGUGGCUUUUGUAGGUGUUAUUAUAGCUAUUAUUCUAGUAGUUCUAGCGUAAUGGACAGAAAUAACGAUGAGAGUUCCUCCAGCGAUGGCAUGGAGAUGGAGAUCAUGCCUGGUUAUGUGGAGCUCACCACAAGGGCAUAUUCAGUCAUGUUCAGUGCCUUUAAUGACUGUAAAGACUGUGGACUGGAGCGGUCCAGAAGAACCCUGCUGGAUCAUGCCGACAUCACCUGGCCCGAGAUCUUCACGUUCUUCAUGUGUGCGGUCAUGUGGACGCAGAUGCGUAGGGGAUUGACUGCGUAUUUCUUUCAGCCUUUUGCACAAUGGUGUUGUCUUCAGCCGAAAGACAUCUCCAAGAUGCCGGAGAGCGCGUGGAAGCUGGUCUUCUACACCAUGUCGUGGUCAUAUAGUACCUAUCUUCUGUUUUUCUCCAACUAUUCAUUCUUCCAAAAUCCUCCCUCUGUUUUUUACGACUGGAAGAGAGGGAUGCCGGUUCCCACAGAUAUCGCUAUAGCGUACCUGAUCCAGGGCAGCUUCUACGGCCAUUCCAUAUACGCCACCAUCUACAUGGACGCGUGGAGAAAGGACUCCCUCGUCAUGGUGGUGCAUCACUUCAUCACGCUGGCCCUCAUCACGUUCUCCUAUGCCUUCAGAUACCACAACAUUGGCAUCCUAGUCCUUUUUCUUCACGACAUCAACGACAUUCAGCUGGAGUUCACCAAACUCAACGUCUACUUCAAGACCCGGGGCGGGAAAGACUACUUCAUCAAUGACGUCCUGUCCAACAUGGGCGCCGUUAGCUUUAGCAUCACCUGGUUUUGGUUCCGUUUGUACUGGUUCCCGCUCAAAGUGCUGUGGGCCUCGUGUGUUACCAGCAUCCAGUCUGUUCCCCACAUCCCUUUCUACUUCUUCUUCAACACGCUGCUCUUCAUCCUGCUCAUCAUGAACAUCUACUGGUUCCUGUUCAUCGUGCUGUUUGUGGUGAAAGUCCUGACAGGCCAGAUGAAGGAGUUAAACGACGUCAGAGAAUACGAGGAAGACAAGCAAAAGGAGGAAGAGGAUGCUGAUCAGAACUCUGCCGAAGGGAAACACUUGCAGAACGGAACUGCUAAGAAGAAACAUCUAUAACGUCUCAGUGCCGCCACCUGCAGGCAAUAAUUGCAAGGUAACGGGUGACCUAGUUUGAUUCCAACCUGAGAACGUCACCGUGUUUGGACAGCCAUGAAGAGAACGA